CACCAUUUCCCAUUGGAUUUCUUUCAGGCCUGUCUCUUUCCCUCAAUCACAAUUCUCUGUAUUUCGUGGAAACCUUAUUCCCAGGCCUAUCAAGGGACUGUCAGCAGGAAUGAAGGAGCAAUCGCCUGCUGCAAUGGCGUCAACGAAGAACUCGUUAGCUGUUGCAAUUGAGGAAUUGAAGAAGAAGGAAAAGGACAUCCAAUCCUUGAAAAUUGAGCUCGGAAAAGCUGAAGAAUUGGAGACGAAGUUAUCAGAGAAAGAAGCUUCGUUUCAUAAGUUUAAAGAUGGAUUGCAUAUGGUGAAAUCCUUGGAGUACGAAGCAAUUGGUUUAUUAUCCGAAGAUAAAGAGAGAAUCAAUGAACUUUACGAACAAAUCAAGGAAAGAAAAGAAUCGGAAAAGAAGAUACACGAUGCAUUCAUGGCUCAAUCGAAAGAGUUCGAGCAAGCAAAGAUUUCACUCGAGGAAUCCAAGAACCAAAUCAAGUCUCUCCUGGAAAUUCUGCAGAAUGGCGACAGUUCAUCAUCGGAGGUUUCGUUUCAAGCUUUCAUGGCAGAUGACAAAUUAAGAAGACUCGAAUCCGAGCUUCAAUCCACGAAAGAGAAAUUAUCUCGUGCUCAAGAAAAUGAACAAGCUUCUUCUUUGAAAGCCAAGAAUCUAGCUGAGGAAGCCAGCUAUCUAAAUCAUGAACUGAAAUCCAUUACCGAUGUAGAAGAAAACAACAAGAAAGCCAUGGAUGAUUUAGCCUUGGCAUUGAAAGAAGUGAUAACAGAAACAAACGAAACCAAGAACAAACUCUCAUCAACAAAAAUCGAGCUCAAGAAAACGAAAUGGUACCUAGAAAAUCUGAAGAUGAAGCUGAGAAAGUUGGAAGGAAAGUACAAAGAAGCAAAGAAAGAAGCGGAUCGAUAUAAAAACACAUCGGAGAGAUUAAGAAUCGAAGCUGAAGAAUCGCUUACGGCAUGGAACAUAAGAGAGAUCGGAUUCGUGGAUUGCAUUCGAAAAGCCGAAGAUGAACGGAAUGCUGCACGGCAAGCAUGCCGAUCGCUGCUCGAAUCACUUCAAGAGGCCGAAAACUUGAACAAGAAGGCCAAGGAAAAGAACCAGAAGCUUCGGGAUAUCAUGAAACAGGCAAUAAACGAAGCUAACGUAGCCAAAGAAGCAUCAAACAUAGCUCGAGCAGAGAAUUCGCAGCUCAAGGACGCCAUUGCCGAAAAGGAUGAAGCUUUGGAUUUCCUUUCCCAAGAGAACGAGACCCUUAAGAUUAAAGAAGCGGCUGCUUGUGAUAUCAUUAAGGAGUUGAAGAUGUUUUGCGAAUUAGGCAACAAAGGAGUUUGAAAUGUCCGUUGAUCAUGAAAAUGGUAAAAAAAAAAAA